UUAUGUAUAUUUUAAUCCAUUCCAAUGCUGGAGAAACAUGAAAAAUGAAAAGAUAAAAAAUUCUUUUGAAUGGAACAAAGAUAGCAUUCUUUGGUAAAUGGCACUUUCAAACUACUGGAAAAAGAAUAGUUCCCUUUGUUCUGCUCAUCUUCCUACAGGAUCAUUGUAGGAAAUCUCAUAGAUCAAGAAGUCAUACAUUAUAUGUUGCAUAGACAAGUUGAGAUGUACCAUUACAUCCUUGUGAUUUGAUUAUGUCAAGCAAUUGAAGCUGAUUUCACACUCGGAAGCCAUCACGGCCAUGACUAAUGUUCUUUACACAACCAGGAAAAUCAUCAAUCAUAAGCUUAGUCUAAUUAGUCAUGCAACCAUCUCAAAUUCAUAUCGUUUUCUCCUUAAGCUUCCAUAUAAUGAUUUUCUAUCCAGUGAACUAUUAAUUGAUCCACAAUCAUCGAUAUUACGUUGGUGUUGACUUUGAGCUAACUUGACGAGUUAAAAGGCAUUACAUAAUAACAAUAUUUAAACUUCCAUCUUUAAUAUUAUUAAACUAAAUUACCUGCCCGAGAAUGGACUUUCAUCUAAAUUGAUUACAAACAAAUAUAUCAACCAAAAUUACGAGAAUUUUCUCAGCAGGCAAGGCUGAGAUAAGUUUAUUGGUUGAUUAAAACGGUGGUUUUGUAAAUUAUUUUCUAUUGGUUUGCCGCCAAAUUCAGAAGGCCAUCCCUCAACUGAAAAAACGGUCAUCCUUAACACCUCUUAUGUCCAAUUUAAAACCCCAUUUCUCACUAUCUUUUUUUUUCUUCUUCUUCUUCUUGGAUGACUCAUAGAGUUGCAGAGACCAUGAAACACUCCACCAUGGCCAGACCAAGAAACAUCAGAAGCUCCUUUUCAUCUCUAAACCCACCACCAUUCUUUGAUUUGCUUUCACUCACCAUUUUUGCUUCUUUCUUCUCCCCCAAGAAAAUCCCCAGAACUCUAAACCCUUAUCUUUCUCUCUUCUUUCUGUCCCUUCUUACUUCUCUUGCUUUCUUGGGAAUCUCCACCAUUAAUUUCCUUUACUCAUCCCCAUUUUAUGCAGACUCCUGUUCUCCAAAAUCCCCAAUUUCCUUCUCUUCAACUUCUUCGUCUUCUCAAUCUCGUCUUCUCCUCUCACUUCUCUCUCCAGUGGCUUCUUCAACCCACCAGGAAUUGCCCAAGUUGUCAACCAGUGUCAUGAUCCCAUUGCCAGCCCAUGGAGUUUCUUCCAAUCUCUCUAAUGAAGAAACAGAGUUUUGGAAACAACCUGACGGAGAAGGCUAUAGGCCUUGCCUAGAUUUCAGCUUUGAAUAUAGGAAGGCAUCUGCCAAGAUCUCUAAAGAGAAUAGAAGAUUCUUGAUGGUGAUGGUUUCGGGUGGACUGAAUCAGCAGAGAAACCAAAUUGCUGAUGCUGUUGUAAUUGCUAGGAUUCUUGAAGCUGCUUUGAUCGUUCCCAUUUUGAAGGUUAAUCUCAUAUGGAAAGAUGAAAGUAAAUUCUCGGACAUUUUUGAUGUCGAACAUUUCAAGAAGACGUUACGAGCCGAUGUUCGAGUUGUGUCGUCUCUUCCAUUCAAGCAUUUCAAGUCAAAAGAGACCAAGAUUCCUCAUGAUGUUUCUCCUCAUUGGAUUCGUUCAAGAUUUUUAACACAACUCAAUAAAGAAAGGCUUCUUGUACUAAAUGGGUUGGAUUCGAAACUCUCCAAAAACCUUUCUUUUGACCUGCAAAAGCUCAAAUGUAAGGUUGCAUUCCAUGCACUAAAAUUUGCAGCUGCAAUUCAAGAGCUCGGAAACCAGCUAACUAGGAGAAUGUGGAUUGAAGGACCGUAUAUAGCCAUCCAUCUCCGCUUAGAGAAGGAUGUUUGGGUUAGAUCUGGUUGCCGUACUGGUUUAGGUUCGGAUUACGACGCCAUCAUAGCCAAAACUCGGAAUUCUCAGCCCGAGUAUCUGACGGGAAGGAUAAACAUGAGUCACAUUCAGCGUAGACGUGCCGGAUUAUGCCCUCUAAAUGCUUUGGAAAUUGCUAGACUUCUAAAGGCUCUCGGAGCUCCAAAACAAGCAAGGAUUUACACAGCAGGGGGAGAGCCCUUUGGAGGAAAGAAGGCUUUGCAACCACUUAUUGCAGAAUUCCCAAAUAUUGUAACAAAGUACACAUUGUCAAGAGAAGGAGAGCUCUCACCCUUCAUCAACAAGUCAUCUGCCAUGGCUGCCAUUGAUUACAUUGUGUCCUUGAGCAGCGAUGUCUUCAUGCCGUCCCAUGGUGGAAACAUGGGUCGAGCUAUGCAGGGGCAUCGAGCAUAUGUGGGACACAGAAAAUACAUAAAGCCGAACAAAAGAGCGAUGCUCGAAUACUUUGAUGAUGCAUCGAUAAGUGAAACAGAGCUAGGAACAAUUGUGAGGAAGCUGCAUAAAGGAUGUAUGGGGCAGCCUGAGCCAAGAACAAAGAGGAAAGAUCGUGAUAUUAUUGCAUAUCCUAUGCCAGAAUGUAUGUGCCAAAGCUAACACUAAAACUGCUUCUCUUAUCAUUUAAAACCCUUCAAUUCAAUUCAAUAAAACUGCAUUUUAAUUGUAACUCCAAUCUUGGAAUGCUAAUCAAUGCAACUUCUCUAAUUUUCGAGGCGAAUAAAGCUUAGUCGUCAAUUCUAA